ACAAUACUGUACAUGUACAAGUACAGACGCGUGUACUUUGUGAUGCAGAAUAUGACCGCGAAAAUUGAGCACUCUUUGCAUGACGUUCUGUAGCGAUGUUGUGAACUAGGCCUACAUGUACAUACAUGUAAGCCUGUAUUAAAAUGGAUUUGUCGGAUUUCACGAAAGAUAAUAGUAAGAAUGCUAUUUUGAAAUCAAUUAUCCCACAAGUUUGUAAGGAUGAACCGUGUUGCUUGGGCAUUGACGAGGCGGGAAGAGGGCCCGUUCUUGGUCCCAUGGUGUAUGGAGUCAGCUUCUGUCCAUUGUCCUGUAAGGAGAGACUUGAACAACUUGGCUUUGCAGAUUCCAAAACAUUGUCAGAGGAGCAAAGAGAUGAUCUUUUCUCUAAGAUCAAAGAAGCAAACGACUUCUUAGGAUUUGAAGUAGAAAUUCUCUCCCCCAAUUAUAUAUCAACAACAAUGUUAAGACGAACAAAGUACAGCUUGAAUGCGAUCUCCAUGGACUCUGCUAUUGGAUUGCUGAGACUGGCUAUAUCGCAAGGAGCAAACAUCAAAGAGGUGUAUGUUGACACAGUAGGUGAUGCUGGCAAGUAUCAAGAGAAGCUACAGGGACUAUUUCCUGAUCUGGACAUUACUGUCACCCCAAAGGCUGAUGCUAAGUUUCCCAUUGUCAGCGCUGCCAGUAUAUGUGCUAAAGUUGUUCGUGAUCAAGUCUUGAAAACGUGGGCAUUCCUUGAGGGUGAUGAUAUUGUGACAGGUGAUUACGGAAGUGGAUAUCCAUCAGACCCAGCAACCAAACAGUGGCUGGCAGACAACUUGGACAAAGUCUUUGGCUAUCCCCAGUUUGUAAGAUUCAGUUGGUCCACAACAAGUACACUACUGGAAAACGGUGCCUACCUCGUGCACUGGGAAGAUGAGGAUGAAGAUGAAAGCUCUAAGGGGACAGCUUCUUUGUUCUCCUUCUUUGCCCCAAAGAAUGCUGACCCUAGAGACAAGCAACAUGCAUUCUUUGAGGAGAGGCAUCUCAAACGAGUUGAAUCAUUUUGACGAAAGCUAGUUGCAACACCAAGUCACUUCCAAAAGUUUUAGCUGGAUAGAAAAGAUUCUCAAAGAAUGAUUUGAGAUACCUGCCUGUCUGAACUACAUCAAACUACAUGUACUACAAUUUGAGCUCUGGGGUUUUAGGGUUGUUUUCUUGCAUAUUUCACAACAGGCAGUGUGCCCCUACAUUUAUACAUGCAAUAAAAUUACCUAACUUGACAUAGCCCACGGAAUCCCUGUGUGCUACUUGCUGUACAAUAGUUCAGUGUACAUGUACCGAGUUGUAGCUGGCAAAGUUUAAAUAAUAGUCAAAGUUUUUGCUCAAUGCACGUUUUUGUGCUGUGUAAAAUACAUUCUGCUGUCAUAUGUUGCUUGGGAUAGAGUGACGAUUUUUAAUAUUUGGCAAUGCUGGAACCCCGUUCCCGUACACUUGCACAAUACCUGUCCUAACUGGAAUCACAUGCCUCUUUCUCUGUCACACAUUGCCAGUGGAGAAUUUAACUUUUCAUGCACUUACUGGUUUAAAGAGAAUAAAUAAGACCAAAUGGUGAAUGUUUACAUUGGUCCUCCAUUUUCACAAACUUUAUAUUCAUCUUCAGUUUUACAUUUGAUUAACAUCAGAAAUUUGUUCAAAGACAAAUUUAAUUACAAAAUGAAGUAGUUUCAAAAUAUCAACGAUAACCAGGAUUUUUUUUAUACAAAAUAUGUUUAGAAGCAACAAAUAAUGAAUUUAUACAUUGCAUAUUUACUGUACUUUCUUCAGAUGUACAUCUACUGGUACUUUAGAUGAACAGGAAUCAUAUUUGUCCCAUUUGUACUUGGGUUAAACACAAGCUGCCCCCAUACUUUUGUAUCCAAAAAUACUUCUGUUCAUUUUGUCCAAAAGAACAUGUAUAAAAUUACUAAAAAAGAAAAUCAGAUGAACCAUGGUCAGAUUUAUGGUUGGAAAUGACUGUUCCAAUCAAGGGGGGGGGGCAGAAGUAUGUUCACAUAGGCAACAACUGAGAGGGAGGGUACAUAAAGUUCCACAAAAUGGUUUCCAACAAAGUGAUAAUGCACUCUGCAGAAAGAGGUUUUCCCCAAAGAGAGCGUUUUCUAAUGGACAUGUAACAUGGGUUUUGAUCAACGACCAAAGACAAUUUUAAUCACUCUUCAAUAGAUCACUUGUGUAGGAUAUUAAAAGCACUACUUUUUACUGUCACAAAAAGCUUUUAGAAGUAUGUACCGUUUGUAAAAUAUGUUUGCAAUAAAGAUUGACAUCAAGGUAAACCUCUUAUCAAAAAUGUAAAAUAAAAUGCCUAGAGUGAUACAUGAAA